ACUGCACGAGAGCGGCAGUCUUCAUCCAAACGGCGCAGAGAACAGCACUGCCAAGAUGACGAGCGCCGAGUUGGCAUUCAUCACUGCGUUGUCCCUGAUCGGCACUGCCUCGUGCCAGUUCAGGGUGCCCCUAAUGCUGGUCGAGUCUAACUGGACUUCUUCGUUUGGCAGAGCGAAUACACCGAUUCAUGAACGCCUCGAAAAUCACAUGGACAUGGACUACAUCGGCGAAGUGAAGCUGGGUACACCGGGUCAAACAUUCCGCAUUAUCUUUGACACGGGCUCCGCUGACUUCUGGGUCCCAUCAGUUCGGUGUACGAACGGCUGCCAUGACCGCCGGAAGUACGAUCCUUCGCACUCCAGCUCGCACGUCUCGGACGGCAAGGCGGUGUCCAUCAAGUACGGCAGCGCGAGGUACGCGGUGCGCUCGCCUCCGACACGCUGCACCUGGGCAACGGUGCGGUGCCCGCGCAGCCAUUCGCCGAAAUCACGCACGCGUCGGGAGGCAUCUUCCGGCCCGAACCAGUUCGACGGAGCGAUUGGGCGGGACGUUCCCUUCGACGGCAUUAUCGGGCUCGCCUACCCUAAGGUGUCGUCGCUAAAGGUGAAACCGGUGUUCGACGCCAUAAUGGACCAGAAGCUGGUGCCCCAAUCCGUCUUCUCCUUCUACCUGGGAAGCAGCUCGAGCGCCAACCCCGCCGGCGAACUUGUACUCGGGGGUAUCAACCACGAACGCUUCACAGGCAGCUUGCACUACGUGUCGGUCACCAAGCAGCGCCACUGGGAAUUCCAGAUGGACCGGGUUCAAGCUGGAAGCGACAAACGUUUCUGUGUCGGCGGCUGCUGGACUGUAGUUGACUCGGGAUCGUCGUUCAUCGAAGGACCUGGCGAAGAAAUCGACAGGAUCAACCAAGUGAUAGGCGCACAGAAGACACAGCACGGGAAGUACCUCGUGGAUUGCAAGAAAGUUAGCAAGUUGCCGAAGCUCGUAUUCACCAUUGGCGGCAGACAACAUACACUCAAAGGAGCCGACUACAUAGUCAAGUUGCUAGCAUCCGAUAACCGGGUGCGAUGCUACGCCGGCUUUGGAACUACUGAUGACUAUGGCACGAAGAAGCCCUUGUGGAUCCUGGGCCAAGUUUUCAUGCGGAAGUUCUACACAGUCUUUGACCGCGAUGCCGACAGAAUCGGCUUUGCCAAAGCGCGCUAAAUCCUCCUGCACACGUGCGUGUGCGCCCUGUGUUCUUCUUCAAAACUACGGCGCCGUGAGAUAGUGAACGCAAAACUAUGCAAUAAAUCGAAAUA